AUGGAGACGUUGAGAAAAGUCUUGGAGGAUAAGGAAAAAGAGGUAAAAGAUGCCAAGGACCAACUCCAUCAGGCAAAGGAGGCAGCAAUCCGUGAAUACCGCGAUUCUGACGCUCUCCUAGAGGAGCUCGAGACCUCUUAUGCGGACGACUUUGAUGAUGUUGUCCCUACUGCUCAACCCAUCGCCUCUGAAAGUACGGAGGAUUUGUUUGCUGACGAUGUAGCCGUUGGCGACGAAGAGUCAACUCCUAUUGAGAACCAAGCCCAGCCCGUCGAUGGUGAUGCCCGUCAACCCGUGAAUGUCGAAGAGAAUGUCGAAAACACCUCCCCUCAUCAGUUCCCUGCAACUAAUAAUGAAGCCGAAUACGAGGCCAUAUUGUCAAGGCUAAGAAUUGCCAAGGCACUUGGAGUUGAAAACAUUUCACUAAGGAGUGAUUCACAGCUCAUUGUAGGGCAGGUCAAAGGAGAUUUCGAAGCAAAGGAGACAAGAAUGCAGAAGUAUCUCAAGUUGACAAACCAGCUGGUAAGCAAUUUUGAUCAUGCAGAAAUUGUUCAGAUCCCUCGAAGCCAGAAUACUGAGGCCGACGAAGUUGCAUGGACUGCAUCCACAGACGACCAAUCGAGGGUAAUAGACUGGAGAUUGGAAGAACAAAAUCACCCUAGUAUCGAAGAAUUCCAAACCUUUGCCAUACACACUGGUUCCGGGUGGACGAGCCCCAUUCUGUCCUACCUUAAAGACGGACAGUUACCACCGAACCUGGAAGAAGCCAAGAAGAUCAAAAAGCGAGCUGCCAGAUUCACCAUCCUCAAUGACUAA